AUGUCGGUUAACAAAGAGGAAACUAGAGUUCAGGAGGUCGAAUCUGCCAAACAGUCUGUGUCUGAGUCAAAGCAUGUCGGUAAAAGUGUUUGUGAUGAAAAGGUUGAUGAAAAGGUGUUGGAUGAUGAAAGUGAUAAAUCUGAAAAGGCUCAUUCUGAGAAGGCUGUCAGUGAUUCUGAAGACGAAGGAAAUUUCUUAGACCGAUAUGUACCGAAAUCGGAAAAGAGCACGAAUGAUGAUCCGAUCAUGGUGGUAUACACUAUGGUUCGAACUGACAAGCUUUAUUCCGACGUCGAGUACCCGCUUCAGAAUGUCAAGAUCGAAAAUGUCGAGAAAUUGUUUAAACUGGUUGAAUUGAAUGUUAACGAAAUCAAAAACAAUGAAUUCUUUUCGAAACUGAAAAAAUCGUUUGGUACUUCACGUCCCACAAGUUUGGAAAAGAAAUAUGGGGCUAAACAAGUGGUUAAGCCAAAAGAAAAGAUAGAUGAUGUUUUUGUUGCUGGUCCUAGUACUGAGGCUGAAAAGGAAUAUAUUUUUAGUCAAAAAGCUGUGGACGAUUUCAAUGCAGCACAUAAGCUUAAAGAAGAAACGGUCAAUACUACUUUUGUCGAGUAUGAUAAAAGAGUGUGGUAUCGCUGCAAUGAAAUUGGACAUAUGGCAAAACAGUGGCAAAAAGUGUUUAAGAAACAUGUUGUUGAGAAACCAGUUCAAAAACAAAUAGUUGAGAAAUCAAAGUCUUGGAUCGCGAAAUCAAAACCGUCAGUUGAGGUUAGGAAAAUGGAGAACGCUUUGAAAAUCGAUUCAAAUCUUUUUAAAGAUGAUGUGAUUGAUUUUGAAAAUGAAGGGCUGCCCAAGUCAGUUCUUUCAAGAUGGAUUAUGGACAGUGGAGCUUCACGACAUAUGACUGGGUCUUUAGCUCUUCUUUAUGAUGUCAAGUCAAUCAACGGAAGCUAUGUUGGGUUCGCAGGGAAUCAAGGAGGAAGAAUUGUCGGUCAAGGAACGCUUACAAACGGAGUGGUCUCAUUUGACAAAGUGAAUUAUAUCGUAGAGUUAACGAACAACUUACUGAGUAUAUCACAGAUUUGUGAUAAAGAUUUCAGUCCAACUUCAGUAUUGUUCAAUCCUAUUCACAAUGUUUGCUGCAGUCUGGAUGAGGAGCAAAAUCCGAUGUUGUCGGAAUUCAGAGGUAUUCUGGAAUUCAUGAGGAGAGUACCAAUUUUGAAGGCAUUGACAGAGAAACGUUUAGUGUUCAGAUCUCAUAUUAAACGAUUUUGGAAGCAUGCUUCUUAUGAUGAUCAAAACAAAACAAUUAACUCUGUUGUUAAGAUAAACGAUGAAAAGAAACCAAUUGUCAUUUCAGAAGCAGUUGUUCGAGAAGUAAUUGAGUUCCCAGAUGAAGAGAAUUCGCCAACAAAAUUGCCAGAAAAGAUGGUUAAGGGAUGCAUGUUGAGAAUGGGAUAUGCUGGUGACUUAAACAGUGCAAGUUAUUUGAAGUCAAAAUUCACAAAGCCUUACAAGUUUCUUAUUCAUUCUGUGUUGAUAGCAAUGAGUCACCAGAAAGGUGGUUUUGAUAUACUGCGUGACUAUUUGAUGAACAUGGUUGUAGCUCUUGUAUUGAACAAAAAAUAUAACUUUUCUCAUAUUGUCUUCCAUUACAUGGUGGAUGAAAUAAAUUCGGACAGAAAGACUUGGUUAUAUCCAAGAUUUGUGCAGAUGAUGUUGGACCAUGCAUAUCUGAAUUUGUUUAGAGAUGAAGACAAUGAUCUGUUGGUGUUAUCGCACAUGGAUAAUGAUUCGAUUAGAUCUUUAGCCAGAUAUCAUCCAAAACAUCCAGAGCCAACAGAAUCUGCUGAACUAUUUGGAGCUAUUAAAGAUAGUAAUUAUCAGGAUCCUGAUCCUGAAAAUCAUGAACAUUGGAGAAAUGAAGAAGAAAGAAAAGAGAAAGGUUAUACUGAAGAGCUGAAAAUUCUUAAAAAUUUCAUAUCAAAAAGAAAUGAAUGGUUCUUAAAGGAACAAAAGAAGAAGACCAGGAAAGCCACUCCUAAACAAGUUGAAGGAUCUUCUUCUCAACCAAAGAAGAAGCAAAAGAAAGCUGCUAAAACUUCCUUGAUUGAUGAACCUGAAGAAGAUGAUCCAGCUGGUGUGACAGAAAAAGAACAAGUGGCAGCUACAGAAGAUGAUCCAUUUAAUACUGAUGUCUUGUUUGAUGCAGAUCUCUUGGAAACAGGGCCAGAAAUUGUUGCUAACGUUGAACAAGUUGUAAAUGUUGAAGCACAGAAAGAGAAAGAAAAGAUUGUUGAUGAUAUUGAGGGUGACGAUGUAGAUAAGAGUACAACAAGUUCCUCAGAUUCUUCAGAUGAAGAAGUUGUUGAUGAGACUGAACGUUUACGAAGGAUUCAGGAGGAGAUAGAAAAAGAAAAGUUGUUGAGAAAGAGAAAGAGACAGGAAAAGGACGAUGAUGAUGUUUAUGUGCCUUCUCCAGAACAUGUCUCAGGCUCACAAUCUUCUCCAAGAGUUAGAAAGAAAGCUGGAGGUCGAAAGAAAAUAGUUUCACCAAAGAUUGUCAAAGCUACUCCAAAGAUCAAGUUACCAAAAAUUGUGCUCGAAAAGAAGAAACAAACCAAGAAACCACCUACACCACCACAUAAACCAACACCACCACAAUCACCUAUCCAAUCACCACUCCGACGACCUACUCCACCACAACAAUCCUCACCACCUAAACAACCAACACCUUCAAGACAACCAUCACCGAUUCAUCAAUCACCACCACCACAACAAACUGAUAAUCUUUUAGAUGUUGGAGAUUUUGAUUUUGCCAAUACUUCACAAGUCAGAAAUGUUGAAAAGAAAGUUGAAGAAGUUGUUGCUGAGAACAAGAGGCUGGCAGCUGAAAAUAAGAAAGUGUCUGAUAGAGAAAGACUUCUUGAGGCGCGUGUGAAGAAGUUAGAGAAUGAGAAUCAAGAGUUGGUGAAAAAGAUUGACACUAAUCAAACUGAGAUUGAUAUAUUGAAAGUACGUGUGGCUGAGCUUGAAGAAGAAAAGAAUAGAAGAGAUGAUCAGAAUGAAUACUUCAAGUUAAAGAACAAAGAGCUUGAAGCAGCUAAGGCAUUAAGAGAUCAUGAGUUCUAUAUGCUGAACAAAGUUGUCGAAAGCAUGCUUGGAACUUCAGUAGAACAAAAGUUUGAAGAACUGCAAGUUGAAGAGCUUAGAGCUGAACGUCAAGCAGAGAUUGAAAGACAAAUGAAAGAUAAAGGUAAGGGAGUUGAAGGAAGUUCAGCUGUGACUGAAAGAUCUAUAGUACCUUCUAUGGUCACUGAGAAUCCCAAGCCGAUAUCAGCUAUUUCCGGGUUGUUUGAAGACGAUACUCCUAUGAAUGAGUUGAUUGGAGAUAGUUUGAAAGUCACAGAGGCUUCCACCGAAAAAACAGUUGAUGAUCUGAUGAAUGAUUCAGUAAAUGAAGAAUCAGGGGAAGCAAGUGGAAAGGGGGAGUCUGGUAAGUCUCAGAUCGUUGAGCAUUCUGAAAACUUAUUCUUGAGUUUAGAUGUUUAUAGAGAAAUGUUGCAAGAUGUGAAUCCGGAGAUCAAGUUUGAUUUUGAAGAAGAGUUGGAGUCCUUUGAUAUCAAUCAACAGCCUGAUUACACGUACAAGUAUGUUGAAGAGGCUGAUUUGUAUGAUAGAGUUGAAGUGGAAGACUGGACUGAUGAUGAAGAUGUCGUUGAAGAUACUUCUAAGUAUCCUACGUUGAUGGAAUUCUUCGCUGAGGAAAAAUAG